AUGCAGAGACCCAAUGGAAUGACCAGUUCUUUCUCAAUAGACUCUCUGAUUGGAAGCCCCCCACCACGACCGGGGCAUGUACUCUACACAGGAUACCCCAUGUUUAUGCCUUACAGACCUUUGGUUAUUCCUCAGACUUUACCCUCAUCCCCGCUUCCCCCCCUUGGACCUUUGGCUUCUUUUACUGGCCGUUUGACUAACAGUUUUUGUGCCAGCUUGGGGCAAGGGCUUCCUUCUAUGGUGGCUCUAACCACGGCUUUGCCCAGCUUCAGAGACAAUGGAGAGGGAUACUUCUCUCAGACCCAGGAACUGACUGCCCCUUGUGCCGGAACGCCAGACUUGCCGGGUGGCAGUAGGCAGCAGGAACCGCAUGAAACACAGCAUAAAGGUUCAGAGCCAGCAACCUACCCGGAGAUGUACCCCGACCUGGCAGGGGAUGGAAAGCUGUACAGCUCCGACGAGGAGAAAACACAGAGCAAGACACCCGAUCAUGGCAGUGACCGCGAGGAGGAGGACAGCACAGGGGACAGUUGUGAUGAGAGCCUUCCAGAUAAUGCUCCGAUCCCCAUCAGGUCCCGGGGCAAAGGGAAGAGCAGCGCCCAGGACCCUGUUGGUGGUGGGGUGGGCACUUCUGGGAAGAGCCGGCGGCGCAGGACAGCAUUCACUAGUGAACAGCUGCUGGAGCUGGAGAAGGAGUUUCACUGCAAGAAAUAUCUGUCUCUCACCGAGAGGUCCCAGAUCGCUCACACCCUGAAGCUCAGCGAGGUCCAGGUGAAGAUCUGGUUCCAGAACCGAAGAGCCAAAUGGAAACGGAUCAAAGCUGGGAACGUAAGCAGCCGCGCCGGGGAACCCGUACGAAAUCCUAAGAUUGUGGUUCCCAUCCCAGUGCAUGUGAACCGCUUCACCAUCCGGACACAGCAGCUGGAAGGGGGGAGGCCGUGACAGGAACGCGGCAGAGACCACAUUUGUCUCAUUUGUGCCAUUAUUAUUAUUCCAGCGACAAUUUUAUAUGGGCAAUACCGGACAAACAUGGGAUGUCCAAAGAGCCGACAAUCAACCUGGAUAUAUGAACACAACUUGCUGUGGCAUCUGGAGGAGCCGCUGGGACCCGCCAUCAGCAUGAUGAUUUCUAUGUGCAGGGCGCAGGGCAGUGACAUCACAGAUACCUAUAGUCACCAUGUCUUCAGAACCAAAAUUAGGGAUAAUUGUUUAAAGAAAAACAUGUAAAAUGAUAAAAGAUUCU